ACCUAAUAUACCGAAUGAUGUGGCAAAAAAAUAAACGAAGGAUUACACUGAGGACUCAAUACUAUCCUCAUUAUUCAGAGUUCAAUUUGUAAAACGUCACGUAUUGGAAAUUUAUUCAUGCGGUGGUAAAAUAACACCGGCUGCUCCGUCGCUGCUGACACAGUGGGUCCCCUCCGCCGCUGUGAACUCUCUCUGCUGUGAUGUUUCCGUGUUGAGCUCCUCUGAGCUGUUUCCGCCGCCAUUGCGGGUUUCGGCACUUUCAGCACUGGCUGGCUCCGCCGAUUAACAUCUGAGCAGCGGGGGAGGGGGAGAAAAAUCACAAACAUCAGGGGCAUAGGGUCGGCACCGUUCGUAUAAACACCUGGACACCGUCGACUCCUACAAUUUGUCAUAUUUUUGCCCGUUUUAUCGGUAUUUUUCUGUAAAAACCCGGUGCCGUUGACUGCGGUGUCCGUUGGAGGAGGUCGUAGCCCGUCGCUAGCUCGCUAGCCAGAAUCAUUCAGGAUUGAGAGCAGAAGAAAACGAACAUGGCUCAAAUCCUACCUAUCCGCUUCCAGGAGCACCUGCAGCUCCAGAACCUGGGCAUUAACCCAGCGAACAUUGGGUUCAGCACCCUCACCAUGGAGUCUGACAAGUUCAUCUGCGUGCGAGAGAAAGUCGGCGAGCAGGCUCAGGUGGUGAUCAUUGACAUGAGUGAUCCCAACAACCCCAUUCGCAGGCCCAUCUCGGCAGAUAGUGCCAUCAUGAAUCCGGCGAGCAAAGUCAUAGCCCUAAAAGACGCUGCGAAAACCCUUCAGAUUUUCAACAUUGAAAUGAAAAGCAAGAUGAAGGCACACACCAUGACGGACGAUGUCACAUUCUGGAAGUGGAUCUCCCUCAAUACUAUAGCACUUGUAACAGACAACGCAGUCUACCACUGGAGUAUGGAAGGAGACUCCCAGCCCAUUAAAGUGUUUGACCGACACUCCAGUUUAGCCGGCUGCCAAAUUAUCAACUACCGCACUGAUGCCAAACAGAAAUGGCUUCUUCUCAUUGGGAUUUCAGCACAGCAAAAUCGUGUAGUGGGAGCAAUGCAGCUGUACUCUGUGGACAGGAAGGUGUCCCAGCCUAUCGAGGGCCAUGCUGCAGGCUUUGCACAGUUUAAAAUGGAGGGAAAUGCUGAAGAAUCCACGCUCUUCUGCUUUGCUGUUCGGAGUCAAGCUGGAGGAAAGUUGCACAUUAUUGAGGUUGGGACACCUCCGUCUGGGAAUCAGCCUUUUCCAAAGAAAGCAGUAGAUGUGUUUUUCCCGCCAGAGGCCCAGAAUGACUUCCCUGUUGCUAUGCAGAUCAGUUCCAAACACGAUGUGGUCUUUCUCAUCACAAAAUAUGGCUACAUCCACCUGUAUGACCUUGAAACUGGCACCUGCAUCUACAUGAACAGGAUCAGUGGGGAGACCAUCUUUGUGACUGCUCCUCAUGAGGCUACUGCUGGCAUUAUUGGGGUCAACAGGAAGGGACAGGUGCUGUCUGUGUGUGUGGAGGAGGAAAACAUCAUUCCCUAUAUCACCAAUGUGCUGCAGAACCCUGACCUGGCCCUGCGCAUGGCUGUCCGCAACAAUCUAGCUGGUGCAGAAGAGCUCUUUGCACGCAAAUUCAACACUCUGUUUGCAGGGGGCAACUACUCUGAGGCGGCGAAAGUGGCCGCCAAUGCACCAAAGGGUAUCCUGCGAACCCCAGAUACCAUCCGCCGGUUCCAGAGUGUCCCAGCACAGCCUGGCCAGACCUCCCCUCUGCUGCAGUACUUUGGUAUCCUUCUGGACCAGGGCCAGCUGAACAAGUUUGAAUCCCUAGAGCUGUGCAGGCCCGUCCUACAGCAGGGCCGCAAGCAGCUGUUGGAGAAGUGGCUGAAGGAAGAUAAGCUGGAGUGCUCAGAAGAAUUGGGUGAUUUGGUGAAGUCGGUGGACCCGACCCUUGCUCUCAGUGUCUACUUAAGGGCUAAUGUUCCCAACAAAGUUAUCCAGUGCUUUGCAGAGACUGGCCAGUUCCAGAAAAUUGUACUGUAUGCAAAAAAGGUUGGCUACACUCCAGACUGGAUCUUCCUGCUUAGGAAUGUCAUGCGAAUCAGUCCAGAGCAGGGCCUGCAGUUCUCCCAGAUGCUUGUGCAGGAUGAGGAACCACUAGCAGACAUCACCCAGAUUGUGGAUGUGUUCAUGGAGUAUAACUUGAUCCAGCAAUGCACCUCCUUCCUGUUGGAUGCUCUGAAGAACAACCGCCCCACUGAGGGCCCACUGCAGACCCGGCUUCUGGAGAUGAACCUGAUGCAUGCUCCUCAGGUUGCUGAUGCCAUUCUGGGAAACCAGAUGUUCACCCACUAUGACCGAGCUCAUGUGGCACAGCUGUGUGAGAAGGCUGGGUUGUUGCAGAGAGCCCUGGAGCACUACACUGACCUGUAUGACAUCAAGCGAGCUGUGGUCCAUACCCACCUGCUUAACCCAGAGUGGUUGGUGAACUUCUUUGGCUCACUGUCAGUGGAGGACUCUCUCGAAUGCCUGAGAGCCAUGCUGUCAGCCAACAUCCGCCAGAACCUGCAGAUCUGUGUCCAGGUGGCCUCCAAGUACCAUGAACAGCUCUCCACCCAGUCUCUCACUGAGCUCUUUGAGUCCUUCAAAAGCUUUGAAGGUCUGUUUUACUUCCUUGGCUCCAUUGUGAACUUCAGCCAAGACCCAGAGGUCCAUUUCAAGUACAUUCAGGCAGCAUGUAAAACUGGCCAGAUCAAAGAGGUUGAGAGAAUCUGCAGAGAGAGUAACUGCUAUGAUCCUGAACGUGUGAAGAAUUUCCUUAAGGAAGCCAAACUGACUGAUCAGCUGCCUCUCAUUAUCGUAUGUGACCGCUUCGACUUUGUCCACGACCUGGUCCUUUAUCUGUACCGCAACAACCUGCAGAAGUAUAUUGAGAUCUACGUGCAGAAGGUGAAUCCUAGCCGCUUACCUGUGGUGAUUGGCGGCCUGCUUGAUGUUGACUGCUCAGAGGAUGUCAUUAAGAAUCUGAUCCUGGUAGUGCGAGGCCAGUUCUCCACUGAUGAGCUCGUAGCCGAGGUGGAGAAGAGAAACAGACUGAAACUGCUGCUGCCUUGGUUAGAGGCCCGCAUCCAUGAGGGCUGUGAGGAGCCUGCCACUCAUAACGCCUUGGCUAAGAUCUACAUUGACAGCAACAACAACCCCGAGCGCUUCCUCCGAGAAAAUCCCUAUUAUGACAGCCGUGUUGUGGGCAAAUACUGCGAAAAGAGAGACCCUCAUCUGGCUUGCGUGGCAUAUGAGAGAGGACAGUGUGACCAAGAACUCAUAAAUGUUUGCAAUGAAAACUCCCUCUUUAAGAGUUUGUCUCGGUAUUUGGUGCGUCGGAAGGACCCUGAGCUGUGGGCUAGUGUUCUUUUGGAGAGCAACCCAUACAGAAGACCCUUGAUCGACCAGGUGGUGCAGACUGCACUGUCUGAGACGCAAGAUCCAGAAGAAGUGUCUGUUACAGUCAAAGCCUUCAUGACUGCUGAUCUACCCAAUGAGCUCAUUGAGCUUCUUGAGAAGAUUGUCUUAGACAACUCUGUUUUCAGUGAACACAGGAACCUGCAGAACCUUCUGAUCCUGACAGCCAUCAAAGCUGACCGUACUCGUGUCAUGGAGUACAUCAACCGCCUGGACAACUACGAUGCCCCUGACAUCGCCAACAUUGCCAUCAGCAACGAGCUCUUUGAGGAGGCUUUUGCCAUCUUUAGGAAGUUUGAUGUGAACACAUCUGCUGUACAGGUUCUGAUUGAGCAUAUUGGAAAUCUUGACCGGGCCUACGAGUUUGCUGAGCGCUGCAAUGAGCCUGCAGUGUGGAGUCAGCUGGCUAAGGCUCAGCUGCAGAAAGGUCUGGUAAAAGAAGCUAUUGACUCCUAUAUUAAGGCAGAUGACCCAUCGGCCUACAUGGAGGUGGGACAUGCUGCUGCCCAAAGUGGAAACUGGGAGGAUUUGGUGAAGUUCUUGUUGAUGGCCCGUAAGAAGGCACGGGAGUCUUAUGUAGAGACUGAGCUGAUCUUCGCUUUGGCCAAAACCAACCGCCUGGCUGAACUGGAGGAGUUUAUCAAUGGACCAAACAAUGCUCACAUCCAGCAAGUUGGUGACCGUUGCUAUGAUGAGAAGAUGUAUGAGGCAGCUAAGCUACUGUACAACAAUGUAUCCAACUUUGGCCGUCUGGCUUCCACUUUGGUCCACUUGGGGGAGUACCAGGCUGCUGUGGACGGGGCUCGCAAAGCAAACAGCACACGAACUUGGAAAGAGGUCUGCUUUGCCUGUGUGGAUGGGAAGGAAUUCCGUCUGGCACAGAUGUGUGGCUUACAUAUUGUGGUCCAUGCUGAUGAACUUGAGGAGCUCAUCAACUACUACCAGGACCGUGGUUACUUUGAGGAGCUGAUCACGAUGCUAGAGGCUGCUCUGGGGUUGGAACGUGCUCACAUGGGCAUGUUCACUGAGCUGGCCAUCCUCUACUCAAAGUUCAAGCCCCAGAAGAUGAGGGAGCACCUUGAGCUCUUCUGGUCCAGAGUCAACAUUCCCAAGGUUUUGAGGGCAGCAGAACAGGCUCAUCUGUGGGCUGAGCUGGUCUUCCUAUAUGACAAGUAUGAGGAAUACGAUAAUGCCAUCAUCACUAUGAUGAACCACCCCACAGAUGCCUGGAAGGAGAGCCAGUUCAAAGACAUUGUAACCAAGGUGGCUAAUGUGGAACUCUAUUACAAAGCUAUCCAGUUCUAUCUGGAGUUCAAGCCUUUGUUACUGAAUGACCUGCUCAUCGUGCUUUCCCCGAGGCUUGAUCACACCCGCGCUGUCAACUUUUUCUCCAAGGUCAAGCAGUUGUCCUUGGUUAAACCAUACCUGCGAUCUGUACAGAACCACAACAACAAAUCAGUAAAUGAAGCACUAAACAAUCUCUUCAUAAUAGAGGAGGAUUACCAGGCUCUGCGCACAUCCAUUGAUGCCUAUGACAACUUCGAUAACAUAUCUCUGGCCCAGAGUCUAGAGAAGCAUGAGCUUAUCGAAUUCAGGAGAAUUGCUGCCUACCUUUUCAAAGGCAACAACCGCUGGAAGCAGAGUGUGGAGCUCUGCAAAAAGGACAAACUCUACAAGGAUGCCAUGCAGUAUGCGUCAGAGUCGAAGGACACAGAGCUUGCUGAAGAGCUGCUGCAGUGGUUCCUGCAGGAGGAGAAGAAGGAGUGCUUUGCCGCCUGCCUCUUCACGUGCUAUGACCUGCUUCGGCCAGAUGUGGUGCUGGAGACUGCCUGGAGGCACAACAUCAUGGACUUCUCCAUGCCCUAUUUCAUCCAGGUCAUGAGGGAGUACCUCACCAAGGUUGAUGCAAUUAAGGAAAAGGUUGACAAGCUGGAUGCGUCCGAGUCCUUGAGGAAAGAGGAGGAGCAGGCCACAGAGGCACAACCCAUUGUUUACGGCACACCCCAGCUAAUGCUCACUGCAGGCCCCAAUGUUGCAGUUCCUCCCCAGCAGCCUUACGGCUAUGGCUACGCUGCCCCCACUGGCUAUGGUCAGCCAGUACAGCCAGGCUUCAGCUACGGCAUGUAAAGUGCUCCCGCCCGCCCACAGUUUUCCAUCCGUCUCACCUUAAGUUCGUCACCAGCUUAUUGUGGUCUACUCACAUAGGAGUUGUGAAGUCAAACGUUAUGCGUUUUAAAUUAUUUUCCUUAAAAUGCAUUGAAGGACUUUUCAUUUUUACUUGUAUUGUUUAAAGAAAAUAAUUGGACCACAUUUUUAUUUGACAUUCCAUAUUUAAGCCGACUUAUAUAACAAGAUAUAGAUUUUUUUUUGACCUGAUUUUCUCUUUCUAAAAAGAGGGAAUGGGUAAUGUACGUAAGUGGAAUCGUGAGAACAGCAAUUAACCUUAACAUAUGUUGUGAAGCAUCUGAUUUGCACUCUGUCGUGAGAGGAAAACUAAUGUAGAAUCUCUUAAUUUUGAUGUGCUGUGCGUGAAAGCUUAACACUGUCCGUCUGUAUAAUGCAUUUCAUUAUUGUAUAUUCUGAAGAAAAAAAAAAUGUUAAAAACAAAAUAUUUCAACUUGGAACGUAUGCAUCCAUGGGUACAUUUAGCAACACUAAGUAAUAAUCAGAUAAUCUACACAGGUAUGUAGCUGUAUGGAAUUUUAAGUGCAUACAGACCUAUGAUUAUAGAAAGCAAUUUUAACCCCUUAGCAUAAACAGUUCCCAUCAGCCGUGUUCGACGUUAACAUCCUUUCAUUCACUCCAUGUGUAACCGGUGAACUUUUUGUUGUGUUCUAUACAGUGCUCUUGUGUGCUCCCAUUUCCAUUAAAUGAGCAAGGGUUUGAAAAAAAAAAAGAUUAUUCUUCUGACCUCUGUGUAUUUACUCACCAUGCAACUUCCCUGUAUUGAGGUUUGUGUAUGCCUGGUAUUGUGAUGUUCUAGCUCCACUAUUUUGAGUGUACAGAAGAACGAAUUAUAGAAACGGAUACCUUGCUUGUCCUGUAAGUUCUUUCGUGUGCUGUAACGCACCCUGAACAAAAAAUUGCUAAUAAAUUUACAGGAUUGUGAUCAUUUUGGUGGCUUGAUUGUAAAACUGAGCUCAGAUUAAAAUGAAAACUCAUCCAACCACUGAA